CCCUUCCGAUCUUACGGGGCGGCCAAGGCCGGCGGCGCCUUCGACCUGGUCCGGUUCGUGCAGCAGCCGCAGGUGCUGGCGCGGAUCGUGAGCGCGGUGUUCGCGCUGAUCGUGUUCGCCUGCCUGGUCGGGGAUGGCUACUCGAGCCUGCCCGAGGACCCGGAGCUCUACUGCAUCUUCAACCACAACGGGGACGCCUGUCGCUACGGCAUCGGCAUCGGCGUCCUCGCCUUCCUCGCCUGCAUCUUCUUCUUCAUGGUGGACGUCUAUUUCCCCCAGAUCAGCAACACUACGGACCGCAAGUACCUGGUCCUGGCCGACCUCGGCUUCUCAGGUCUCUGGACCUUCCUGUGGUUCAUCGGCUUCUGUUUCCUGACCAACCAAUGGUCCUGGACACGGGCCGAGGAUGUGUACAUCGAGGCAGACUCUGCCCGUGCUGCCAUCACCUUCAGCUUCUUCUCCAUCUUCUCCUGGGCUCUCCUGCUCACCUUCGCUUACAAGAGGUACAAAAUGGGGGUGGAGGACUUUGCUCAAAGUUAUGCCGACCCCAGCUCGGAGGUUUCGGCUCCCUACUCCAGCUAUCCCAACAUCAGCCAUGAGAGCUACCAGCAGCCGCCCUUCACGCACACGGCCGAGGCCCCGGAGGGUUACCAGCCCCCGCCAGUGUACUGAGCCCUGCCUGGCACCCGGCUGCACCAGUGCCAUUCCUUCCGC